UGUGUAUACUCGACUAUCUUCAAGCCUCUUGCAACAUUUUAACGGGAAUAACGUUUGUAGGAGAGUGUACACACAUCAAAGAAAAUACCGAAUUCUGAUAAAAUUUUUCAAAUAGCCGAUAGUAAAGAAAUUAAUACCAUGUCAGAUCCAGAACUUGAGGCAAUACGGCAACAACGAUUAGCUCAAUUGCAGUCACAGUAUAAGACUGACAAUGCAGAGAAUAAACAAGCAAUGGAAGAAAAAAUGCAAAGAACAGAGGAGAUGAGGAAUUUCAUUCUUACCCAAGUGUUGGAUCAAUCAGCUAGAGCAAGAUUGAACACAUUAAGUCUUGGUAAACCUGAGAAAGGAAAGAUGGUAGAAGGCAUGAUAUUAACUAUGGCUCAACAAGGACAGAUACCUGGAAAAUUAGGAGAAAAAGAACUUAUCAGUUUACUUGAAAGUGUAAAUCAACGAACACAACGAACAACUGUUGUAAAGUUUGACAGACGAAGAGCAGCAUUGGAUUCUGACGAUGAUGAUUUAUAGCAUAUACAUAUGUUUAUACAUAACUAUCUGACAGCAAUCAGCAAUAUGACGUUUGUUUAAUUUUUGAAAAGGAAUUUACAUUAACUGUACGCUUAAUUAGUCAUACGUUCUUAUUUUUUAUGAUAUAUUGAAAUAAAAAACGGAAGUAUCACGAUUUA